AAAGGUUAUUUCAGAAAGUGAAAAUCAGAAGAAGUAGCUGCUGACAUAAGAAAAGUGGACUAAGGAAGAUUUCUGGAGGAAAAUUUUUAAGAUGUGGUGAAGAGCCUGUAUUUUCCCCCUGUGUGGUAUAUAGUGCCUUAAAAAAUGGGGUUUGGAGGUGACCUGAAGUAUUCUCAUGAUGCUUUAUUAAAACUGCAAGACUGGGAACUACGAUUGCUGGAAACAGUGAAGAAAUUUAUGGUAAUGCGAGUAAAAAGUGAUAAGGAGUAUGCCUCCACUUUACAGAAUCUUUGUAACCAAGUAGAUAAAGAGAGCACUUGUCAAUUGGAUUAUAUCAGCAAUGUGUCCAAGUCUUGGUUGCUCGUGGUACAGCAAACGGAACAGCUGAGCAAAAUAAUGAAGACACAUGCAGAAGAUCUUAAUUCUGGGCCUUUGCAUAGGCUUACAAUGAUGAUUAAGGAUAAGCAGCAAGUUAAGAAGAGUUUUGUAGGCGUUCAUCAACAAAUUGAAGCAGAGAUGUACAAGGUUACAAAGACAGAACUAGAGAAACUAAAAUCUAGCUAUAGACAACUAAUAAAAGAAGUAAAUUCUGCCAAAGAAAAGUAUAAAGAAGCUGUGGCUAAAGGAAAAGAGACUGAGAAAGCCAAAGAUCGGUGUGAAAAGGCCACUAUGAAACUUCAUAUGUUGCAUAAUCAGUAUGUGUUGGCACUGAAAGGAGCACAAUUACAUCAGCACCAGUAUUAUGAUUCUACACUUCCUCUGUUACUUGAUUCACUACAGAAGAUGCAAGAAGAAAUGAUUAAAGCCCUAAAAGGGAUCUUGGAUGAGUAUAGCGAGAUCACCAGUCUCGUAACAGAAGAGAUUGUGAAUGUCCAUAAAGAGAUCCAGACCUCGGUUGAACAGAUAGACCCUAACUCUGAGUAUAAUGACUUCAUAGAUACUCACAGGUCAUCCGAAGUUGUUGAACAAGAAAUAGAGUUUGAUACAUCUUUACUAGAAGAGAAUGAAAAUCUUCAAGCUAAUGAGAUCAUGUGGAAUAACUUAACAGCAGAAAGUUUACAAGUCAUGUUAAAAACAGUUAUAGAAGAACUGAUGCAGACACAGCAAACCCUUUUGAGCAAAGAGGAACUUGUGUUGGAACUGGAGAAAAAAAUAGAAGAGUCCUCUAAGACUUGUGAAAAGAAGUCUGAUAUUGUACUCUUGCUGAGCCAAAAGCAAGCACUUGAAGAACUUAAGCAAACAGUUCAGCAACUGAGAUGCUCUGAGGCAAAAUUUGCAGCCCAGAAAGAAUUACUGGAACAAAAGGUUCAAGAGAAUGAUGGGAAAGAGCCACCACCUGUAGUGAAUUAUGAAGAAGAUGCCAGAUCAGUGACUUCCAUGGACAAGAAGGACAAAGUCUCAAGAUUUGACACUAUACGUCAUUCCAUAGCUGGAAUUAUAAGGUCUCCAAAAUCCAUGUUGGGCUCCUCAUCAUUCUUUGAUGUAAUCUCAACCACUGAGAAACCAUUGGCUGAGCAAGAGUGGUAUCAUGGUGCAAUUCCAAGAAUAGAAGCCCAGGAGCUGUUAAAACAGCAAGGAGACUUCUUGGUGCGAGAGAGCCACGGGAAACCUGGUGAAUAUGUCCUUUCUGUGUUUUCAGAUGGACAACGGAGACACUUUAUCAUACAAUAUGCUGAUAAUCAAUAUCGUUUUGAAGGAACUGGGUUUCCAACUAUUCCUCAGCUCAUAGAGCAUCAUUACACAACAAAGCAGGUUAUUACAAAGAAAUCAGGUGUCGUUCUGCUGAAUCCUGUUGUUAAGGAUAAGAAAUGGGUUCUCAAUCAUGAAGAUGUCACACUGGGGGAAUUACUGGGCAAAGGCAAUUUUGGUGAGGUAUAUAAAGGAACAUUAAAGGAUAAAACGCCUGUUGCUGUAAAAACUUGCAAAGAAGAUCUUCCUCAGGAACUGAAAAUAAAAUUUCUGUCAGAAGCCAGAAUACUCAAACAAUAUGAUCAUCCUAAUAUUGUAAAACUUAUAGGAGUUUGCACACAACGACAGCCUAUUUAUAUCGUUAUGGAGCUUGUUCCAGGAGGUGAUUUCCUGUCAUUUUUAAGAAAAAAGAAGGAUGAGCUAAAAACCAAGCAGUUGGUGAAAUUUUCAUUAGAUGCUGCCUCUGGUAUGGCAUAUCUUGAAUCUAAAAAUUGUAUACAUAG